AUGGAUCUGCGCACCCGGGGCUACUUGCGCAUUAUGACUUGUUUGUACGUGCGCCAAAAAUCGUGCAAUUGCGCGCCAUUGGGCCUUCAUACGCGCGUCAUUCACAGCUUUGCAUCCCUUGGACACACUUUUGGUCUCUAACGCGCUCUGAAUUCAUCGGAGUUGCGCCCUUUUCAGGAAAAACAUCUAUUUCUGGCCCCUAUUGGCGGUCCACGCGCGUUUCGCUCACUGUUUAGACUCGCUCGCCCCACCGUAUCCGCGCAUGGACGGAGCAUUACACGCGCUACAGCGCGCUCAUGCGCGCGCAAUCUACUCAAUCUACGCGCUUUUUGGCAUUUUUCAAAAAAUAA